CCUCGACGCACUUCGGACACAUUCGUCUAAAGUAAAAUGUCGUCUGCUAGGCGCGUCGUCGGAACCAAACCGGGUCGUAUUUCUAACGCGAAAAUUGCAAUGAUAAGUGAUAAUGCGAUGGAUCUGUGCGGAAGCACGUAGUGUUCUCCGUGGGAAGGUAUAUCUGCGAUCACAGAAGGAUAUUCUUCGGAUCGGGUUGCAACGUUGCUGGCGAGGAAAAUUCAACAAGAACACCGGUGAACAUUGAUUUUUCCUGGUUUCGCAUCGGAGACGACAGAUGAUCGAACGAAUGUUUCCGGAAGAGGACAGCGGCAUAGACGACAGAGAGGGCGGUGGUAGAGCUCGGCCUUGGUAUUUCGACAAGUGAAAAAACCCCGAGAGGAAUCCGUGGAUCGUAGGGCAAAGGUGUCUCGGAAACGUGGAGCGACGAGGAGAAUUCGAGGCUGCCGGUUGAGGUCGUGCCUGGCUCUAAGCAACUUUUGCGAGCAGCCUAACCUAACCUAGAGAGCGGGCCGCUCGACGAGCAAGAUACAAGAACGCAGAAGCACCGUUUGAUCGUCGUCGUACAGGAAGCACGUUCGCUCCUAUAACCCAGCGGCCGCGCCGCUAUUCGACUCCGGUGCUCCCCAUCGUUGAAGUCAUCGCCAUCCAUCGUGAAAAAGGAGACGGCCCCAGACAGCAGAGCGGCGCGCGUUUGCUUUCCCUGUUCGUCGUCGUCUCCUUCCCACCAUCUCUUCCUUCCGUUCGUUCCGGCACUUCGCGCAGUUCGUGUACUUGCACGCAGACACCGGGCGUACACUUGCACGCAUCAUCCUAUAGAGCUUCGGAGAGUGCCGGCUCGGCUUCGCUCCGCUCGGCUCAGUAAAUAAACGCAAGCGCGGCAUGCCGGAUCGCGUUUCCACGUGUUCUUCUUCGCCGUCCCGCUGAAUUAUUGGAGAGAUAGAAAAAAAAAAAAGAAAAAGGAGAGAAAGAGGGAUCGAACGGGUUUUGUUCCCGAGGACGAGGGCUGGCAAGGAUGACGUUCGCGACGGCACGUGCAAACUCGCCAGCUGCCCGCUGUCGGUAACCAAGACCCAGCUUUGCUCCCCGGUGUAUACGCAUUGGCAUCGCGAACGCUGCAAGAAGACGAGACACGCUGCGACCGCGCGUGUGUCUCUGGCCUCUCUGUGUCGCGUGCUUGUGAAAUCGCGACAGUGCUCUCGGUGAAAAUAGUGCGAGGAGACCGGUUGCAUGGAAAAUAUGGUGUAGGGGAAAAAACCGACGAGGGACAAGGGAGCAGUCGCAGUCAACCUUUCAGAUAAUGGAGUUCGAGCUGGACGGAAGCCUGAAGGAAUGGGUAAAGGACAAGCCACUGAGUAUCCUGCAGCUAGACCCUGCCGACAGAGCUGUCUUACGGAUCGCCGACGAACGAGACGCGAUCCAAAAGAAAACAUUUACCAAAUGGGUGAACAAGCAUCUGAAAAAGCACUGGAAGUACGUCAAGACUUACACGUGUCUGCACGUGUGCGUCCUUGUGAACAACCAGCCAUGCUGUUCCCCCACUGCCAGCAGACAUGUCGGAGAUCUGUUCGAAGACCUGCGGGACGGGCACAACCUCAUUUCCCUGCUGGAGGUUCUCUCAGGCGAGCAUCUCCCGCGGGAAAGAGGUCGGAUGCGUUUCCACAUGCUGCAGAACGUGCAAAUGGCUCUUGACUUUCUUCGAUACAAGAAGAUCAAGCUGGUGAACAUCCGCGCCGAGGAUAUCGUCGACGGUAAUCCGAAGCUGACCCUCGGAUUGAUAUGGACCAUCAUACUGCACUUCCAGAGCUGGCGACGCAAGAUAUCGGACAUAGUAGUGGGUCAAGAACCAAACGUCACUGCCCGAGAGGCCCUGCUGCGAUGGGCCCGAAGAUCGACGGCGCGUUAUCCUGGCGUGCGAGUGACCGACUUCACCGGAUCCUGGAGAGAUGGUCUGGCGUUCAGCGCGCUGAUCCACCGAAACAGGCCAGACCUGGUCGAUUGGAGAGGAGCACGCACCAGUCAGCCAAGAGAGCGGCUCGACCGGGUCUUCCACGUCGCGGAGCGCGAGUAUGGCGUUACGAGGCUUCUCGAUCCCGAAGACGUGGAUACUCCAGAGCCGGACGAGAAGUCCUUGAUAACGUACAUCUCUUCGCUCUACGACGUGUUCCCGGAGCCGCCGGCGAUCCACCCUCUGUACGACGCCGAAGCCCAGCGUAGAUCCGCCGAGUACCGCGAGCUGACCAGCUCUCUUCAGCAAUGGAUCCGCGAGAAGAUGUGCCUGAUGCAGGAGCGGGCCUUCCCGCCGACCCUGAUCGAGAUGAAGAAGCUGGCCGCGGACAGCGCCAAGUUCAAGAACGAGGAGGUGCCGCCUCGCUACAGGGACAAGCAGAGGCUGUCCCACAUCUUCCGGGAUCUACAGAAGUACUUCGAAGCGGUCGGCGAGGUGGACAUGGAGCCGGAGCUACAUAUCGACGUGAUUGAGAAGAACUGGAACCGACUGAUGAUGCUGCAUCAGGAGAGAGAACAGGCGAUCAUCGAUGAAAUCAAACGACUCGAACGACUACAACGACUGGCCGAGAAGGUCCACAGAGAGAUGAAGACGACCGAUAACCGGCUGGAGGAACUAGAAAGACGCGUGGAGGACGAGGCGAGGCGCCUGGACAGACUCCAUCCUCUCGAGGCUAAGCAUGCCGGAGACCUUCUCGAGCAGGACAUACGAAACACCGAGAUUCAGAUACAGAACAUCUUCACCGACGUGCACACCCUCACCGAGGGCAGAUACAGCCAAGCAGCCGAGCUCCAUAAAAGGGUCCAGAAGCUGCACCAACGGUGGGUCGCCCUGCGAUCCUUGCUGCACAAACGCUUGGUGCAGCCCCUGGCGGCUGUGUCAUUCCCGGUAGAAGAGCGCGUGGUGACCAAACACCGUACAACCGUCCACGAGACCCGGCUAGUGGACACCAAUCCGCAUUUCCGGGCGCUGCACGACUGCAUCGACUGGUGCAGGGCCAAGAUCAAGCAGCUCCAGGAUGCGGACUACGGGUCCGACUUGACCAGCGUGCAGAACGAGCUGGAGGUUCAUCAGAGAGAGCAUAAGAACAUCGAGCAGUUCCUGCCGAAGGUCGACAGAUGCGUGCAGUCCAAGAACCACUUCCACGGAGAGGAGCUGACCUUGUACAGCCAGCACCUCGCCGUUCUGCAGAAACUGUACUCCGAAUUGUUGUCCUCCUCGAACAAGAGGCUCUCCGACUUGGACACGUUGCAUGAUUUCAUCCAGUCGGCCACCGGCGAACUGGUCUGGCUGAGUGCCAAAGAGGAGAUUGAGGUGACUCGGGACUGGAGUGAUAAGAACCUGAAUGUACAGACCAUCGAGCAGUAUUAUGAGCGUACGUACGGAUCUGGCCUAGAGUCCCUGAUGAGCGACCUGGAGAAACGGGAGAUCCAGUUCUCGGCGGUGCAAGAUCGCGGCGAGGCGCUGGUUCUCCAGCAUCACCCGGCAGCAAAGACCAUAGAAGCAUACAUGUCCGCGAUGCAGAGCCAAUGGGCCUGGCUGCUGCAGCUGACUCUGUGCUUGGAGGUGCACCUGAAGCACGCGGCUCAGAGCCAGCAGUUCUUCCGCGAGGUCCAGCAAGCGGAACAGUGGAUCUCGAAGCGGGACGAGACGCUGAACACCAUCUACUCGCAGUCCGAUUUCGAGCUGAACGAGGGCGAUUCCCUCGUGAAGGGUAUGCAAGAGCUGCGAGAGGAAUUGAACGCCUAUAGCGACCAGAUGCAGAAGCUGGUGGAGCAGGCGAAGGACAUUGUGCCGAUGAAGCAGCGCCGCCAGCCCGUGACCAGGCCCAUGCAGGUCACCUGCGUCUGCAGUUACAAGCAAGUGAACAUGUCCAUUGAGAAGGGAGAGCAGUGCACCUUGUACGACAACUCCGGCCGCAUCAAGUGGCGAGUGAAGAACCAGGAGGGCGUCGAGUCGCCGGUUCCCGGUGUGUGUUUCGCUCUUCAGCCGCCGGAUAAGGACGCCCUGGACGCUGCGGAGAGAUUGCGACGCCAGUACGACAGGAGCGUCGCGCUGUGGCAGCGCAAGCACCUGCGGCUCAGACAGAACAUGAUCUUCGCGACUAUCAAGGUCGUCAAGGACUGGGAUCUGCCCGCGUGCCUGGCCAUGGGUCAAGACCAACGUAUGGUUAUCAGGACAGCGUUGAACGAGGACGCCGAGAAGCUGUUCGACGAAGGAGACCCGGCCGAUCCUCAACUGAGGCGGCUCAAGAGAGAAAUGGCCGACGUGAACAAGUUGUUCGACGAGCUGGAGAAGCGGGCCAGAGCGGAGGAAGAAUCCAAGAACGCUGGUCGCAUCUUCAACGAGCAGGUGUUGGCCUUGCAGCAGGCGCUGGACGAAGCCGAGAGGAUCCUAAACACCCGUAUAGCGGCAGCGCUACCCAGAGACCUGGACAGCUUGGAACAUCUGGUCCUUCAGCACAAGGACUACGAACAGGGCCUGCGUCGCUUGGCACCCGACCUUGACAGAGUACAGCAGACCUUCCGAGGCAUCACCCUGAAGACUCCCGCAAUGAGGAAUAAGCUGGACGCGGUGACCACCAAGUGGAACCACAUCUGGAACAUCAGCAACCUCUAUGUCGAACGACUCAAGUGCGUCGAGAUCCUGCUGUCCAGCCUCGAGGAGAACAACAAUGUGAUUUCGGAGUUCGAGGUGAAGCUGGCGUCGUUCGACGAGCUGCCCUCCGACAUCAAGAGCCUGCAGAACGUGCUGGAAGACCUGCAGGUGCUACAGACGGCCAUCUCGCAGCAGCAGUCGGCGAUGGACCAGCUGAACGAGGAUGCGCACAACACCAGACGCCUCGUCGAGAAGUCCAGGUCCAGUCAUCGCGGACCUCACACCGACAUGGACAGAUUAGACGCGGAGGUGAAUCGAUUGAACGCGAGGUGGACCAACGUCUGUGGCCAGCUGGUGGACAGAGUCCGCAGCGCCGAAGCUGCUUACAGUCUAGCUCAGCAAUUGGAACAUGCCUAUCGUAACGAGGUAGACUUCGUCGACGAAUCGUACGGUAAACUAGAAGUGGAGAACGCGAAGAACUUGCUGAGCAAGGUGGUGGAACGCGCCCCGGCAAUCGAGGCGGUGAACAUGACGGGCGGCCGAUUGAUCCGCGAGGGAAAGAUCUAUGGACAGAGGCUUCGAGCGUUCAAGGAACAGCUGGAAGACCUGUGCCCGUCGCUGGACGCCUCGAUCAAGAAACCCAGGAGAGAGUUCACCUCGGCGGUCGAGGACGUCGCCAGGGACCUGGACCAUCUCAACAAGAAGUACACCAAUCUGGUCAACAUACUCCAGGACCGCGUCAGGCAGAUGGCCGCCGCACACCCUGAGGACGCGUCUCUUCAGCGGGCCCUGCAGGAGCAACGGCCGCUCAGGACGUUCCGCACAGAGUUCAACAUUUAUGAGAGCAGCAGUUCCGAGGAGCGGUACACCUCGACGACGACGCACUACACGCAAUCUCAGUACAGCCUAGAGCGGCACGAGAGGACCGAAAGGACAGAGAGAACCGAGACAAUCGUCUCGGACACGGUGCGACGGUCUAGCUCGCAGGAGGGCAGAUUGGUGCACGAUGGCACGGCGCUGGAUCGCGAUGAUCUCGACAAAGAGAAGACGGUUCAUCGACGGGAAGAUGAGGAUAAACGGGAUGAGAGAAGCGCGGAGCGGGAGGAGUCUAUGUGGUCGAGGGCGAGCAGCGCGAGCGGCGGCAGCGUGCAGUUUAGCGAGAUUAGGAGCGUGAAGCGAAUAGAAAGGGCGGAGGAGGGUGUAGGUACAGAGCACGUGAUCGAGGCUAGGGGUAUCGUAGAUCCGAGGACGGGUAACGUGUUGACGGUGGGCGAGGCGAUCAGCCUUCAGAUCUUGGACGUUAGGAGGGGUAGGAUAGCGUGCUCACGGGACGGCCGGAAGACGGUCACGAUCGAGGAGGCGGCGCGCGAGAAGAUAAUCGACUCGCGGCUCGCGGAUCGUCUUCUUGGCCCGUGCGGCUUCGACGAGGAGGGACGGCCGGUGUCUCUGCUCGAGGCGAUCCAGCGGGAGCUCUACGACGCGGAGAAACCGGACGGGACCGGGGACAGAGCGAAGGUAACAUACAGUCAGGGGCCCGUUAGCGAUGCGAGCCACGCGAGCAAUGCGAACGAGGCCUUAGAUCCGAUUAGCGUAGCCGAUGCGAUGAGUCCGCGAGUAGGGUCCGCGAUGGACCCGCACACAGGGCAGCUCGUCACCGAAGACGGCGAGAGGCUGUCGAUCGAGGAGGCGCACGCCAGAGGUUACCUGGCCAAGCUAGACGUCACCGUGACCGUCAAGAGGAGCGCGUUACCCCUUUCCGACGCGAUAUCCCAGGGCCUGGUCGACGAGACCCUGGGCCGGGUCCUAGACCGCGUCACCGGCGAAAGUUACACGAUCGACCAGGCGGUCGAGAAGGGCAUCCUGGAUCCCACCGCGAGGGAGAUAGUCGACGCUAGGAACGACACCAAGGUCACGUUGCCGGAGGCCAUGCGUCUCGGCAUUGUCAAUCCAAAGACCGGCAAGUACAUGCACGGCUUGACCCUGGAGAAGCUGUCGCUGAAGGAGGCGCGCAGGAGGAAGCUGAUCGCGAAGCCCAUGACUCUGAAAGACUGCAGGGACUCGGAGAUGAUCGACGAGACUGGAAGGAUCACCAGUCCGGCGCACAGGACCAAGUUGACCGUCACCGAGGCGAUAGAGAGAGGUGUUCUAGAUGGAGAUAGAUUGAAUUCUAUCGUAGACGCAAGGACAGGCGAGGCUGUCACGCUGUCGGAGGCUUUGAGUCGUGGGUUAAUCGAUCCGCAGAAGGCUACGUACAGAGACAAGGAUGCCGAGUUAGCUCUGUCAGAGGCUGUGGAGAAGGGGCUCGUCACCUCGCUGGCACAGAAAACGAUAUUCGACGUGGAUGGCUUUAGAGACCCUUUGACAGGGGAGUACGUCAGCUUGAACGCUGCUCUGCUAAAGGGUUUGAUCAGCUCAAAGGCUGGAGGCAGCUAUAUCGUGGAUCCCAACACUGGAGAGACCGUCUCGCUGGCAGAAGCUGAAGAGCGAGGCUUCGUGAGGCCGGAAGUAUCCGAGAUGUUGAACAGAGGGAUAGGAAUCAUAGAAGAGGGUAAAGAGAUCACGCUGCUCGAGGCGGUGUUCUCUGAACUCCUAGAUCCCAAGACUGGUCUGCUGUUAGACCCCAGAACUAAGAAGCCAGUGUCCCUGGAAAACUCGAUAAAACGGGGCCUGAUCUCCUCCGACGGUGCAGCUCUGCUCACAGGCUUGUUGAACGUCACUGUCACCACGCAGACGGUGACGAAGAUCAGAGAGGUUCACACGGAAGACAUCGAAAGAGGAACCAGAAAGGAAGGCAGUCCUUUCGCGGAGGGAAUGGUGCGCGUUCCAAUUACUUAUGAAGCGAAGAGCAGCGUUCCUAAAGCCAUCGGUACUACCACGACUAUCAUUACUAAAGAUAGGGUGAUUUCAAGCUCGCAAUUGAAGGGAACGACGGUGAUCAACAUUAGAGACAACUCGAUAGAAAGUGUAUCCGAUGCUGAAGAGAACUCAUUGAAACCGUCUUGGUCCAGAUCGAGAAAGGACACUGAAUCGGAUCAAAGUUCGAGCUUCGAUUCCACAGUGGACACAGUGAGCAGAGAAGACCGUUCUUCAGCAGAGAGAAGAGUGUUCGAGCUUCCAACGGACGGCUGGUCUCUCGCCGAGGCUAUCGAGAGGAAACUAUUCGACCCUACCUCGGGCCUAUUCAUCAUCCCUGGAACGGACAGACUGGUCUCGUUCGAGGAGUGCGUCAAGCUAAGAAUAAUAGACCCGAAUUCGAGUUUCGUAAUCGACCCGAACAAUGGCAGGAAGGUGUCACUGCUGAGGAGCCUGGAGAAGAACAUUUUAGACUCCACCGGACACUAUUGCGUCCCUGAGAAGAUUACCAUGAAGGAAGCCAUCGAGAAAGGCUUCGUCAUUUUCGAGGACAAACAUACCGAAAUCGAGAACUCGCAGAGGCUGUUGAGGAUCACCAAACUCUCCGGAGAACCGGAUAAGUUGGAGUUGUCUAGACAAGAUGACCCGUCGAGGCCGCUGGAGAUCAAGAUCAACGAAGCUAGCCACGCGAUACCGGAUCCUGUUAGAGUCUCGAAGGGUCUGAUCUACGAUCCAAGCACCGCUCUAGUCAUAUCUACCGAAACUGGAAGGUCCAGCGAGCUCUUGUCUGCGCUUUUCGAGGGCACUCUGCCGGCCGAGGUGGUAGUCGUGAAAGACCCGGUCUCAGGAAAGGAUGUGGGCAUAGUGGAGGCCAUCGAGCGAGGUAUAGUGGACGCGAAGACGACCGAGUACAAGCUCGACGAGAACAGGAAGAUAUCUCUGCUGGACGCGGCCAAGUUCGGCGUAGUCUCCGUGCUCGGUUCACCGUUGGUUCCAGUAACAGCCUCGUCUCCAACAAUGGCGUUCUCAGACUUCCAGAAGGCCGAAAUCGAGAUGAUCGCCGGAGAAGAAACGUCGUAUGCCGAACCUGAAGAGACACCAGGUAAACCAACCACUUCUACUUCCGUUUCCGAGCUGGACUCGGCGAUCGGGACCGGAUCGAUGAUAGAUUCUGUGAUCGAUUCUUCGCCCACAGCAGCGACCAGCGAAGAGCACUCUGUAUCGAGGACAGAGGGUGAUGCUGAAGAAGACUUAAAGGCAAAGAAAUACGAGCCGAAAUACAAAGUGACUGUUGGCAAAGCGGUGGUGACGGAUUUGGACGGUGCAGCGAAACCUAUAGUGCUUCAGAAGAUGAGAAAGAGGGUGGUGAAGACCAAGGAGGCUCUGGAGAGUGGCCUAAUCGACGCAGAAACUGCAGAGAUCUUCGCAGAGAACAUGGGCGUGGAAGAUGGAGCGCCUGUGAGUCUGUCGGCAGCGAUCAAGAGCAAGAAAAUCGACGCAUCGUCCGGGAAGAUUCUCGACCCUCAAAGAGGAGACGUCCUCAGCAUCGGAGAGGCUGUUGAACGCGGGAUCUUGGACCCCGAAAGCGCAGACGUCCUUGUGCCUCUAGCGAAGAGCCUCUCUAUCCCCGGACUGUACAAACAGGGUCUCCUGGACCCUGAGGAUGGCAAGGUUGUUCACCCAGAGACAGGUGCGCGGUUGACCCUGAGAGAAGCCAUCCUCUGCGAGAUCGUAGAUCCUCUGUCCCAGCUGACCUGCUCAGAUGGUCGCACGGAUACCCUCCGCAACGCUAUAAACUGUAACUUAGUUGACCCUGAAAAAUCUUUGAUAAAGACCAGCGGUGGUGACAGCGUGAGCUUGAUGAAGGCCGUUGAGAGCAAUGUGUUCGAUGACUUUGAGAAGAGUGAGCAGCAUAUCCCACCUGCUGGGAUGACGUUCGCUGUGGCCUUGGAAAGAGGACUCAUCGAUGCAAGUGGAACUCAGAUCAAGCACCCGCUAACGGAGGAACGUCUACUUCUAGAGGACGCUAUCAAGGGUAACUUCAUCAUGUCUUUGCCUGGUCCUGUGGCCUCCGACAGUAUGGAGGUGACCAAAGCCCUGGAGGCUGGCCUGAUCGACAGGGAGAAGGGAGUUUUCGUUCAUCCAACAACUGGAACCCCGGUACCUAUAUACGAAGCCAUUGAGUCAGGUCUGCUGGUCGUAAAACCGCCGACCACUGUCACUACAACUACCACCAGUGGCAUCACUGAGACCGUCACCUCUUAUCACACGGUGACCACCAAGACCUUGGGAAUUCUGUCUGGCUAUGAGCUGGUGAACGCCGCGGAAAUACGGAACACAGAGACCGGGGAGAAGAUCAGCAUAGAGGAAGCUAGAAGCAGAGGCAUCGUCAGAGAUGAGUCUGAGCGACGAGAGGAGUUCACUACCAAAGAUAUCAAAAUGACUUUCGACGACGCCUUGAAGAACGGUCUUGUAGACGUCGCAGCUGGUACCUACACAGAUCCUUCGACAGGUGUUGCUAUGCCUAUCCAAGACGCCAUUGAGAACGGUCUUCUGGAUAUUCCGACGGACAAGUUGGACACAACUGCAGCCAUUGAGAAAAUUGAAAGUGUCUAUGAUGAGAAUGCUGGUAGGUUUGUGGAUCCUGAAACCAAGAAGGCCUAUACGCUUACCGAAGCGAUGGAGACAGGACUGGUGGAUCCUAACACUGUGGUUUACGAUGCCAGGACAGCAGAGGCUGUGACCACCAAGGAGGCAGUUGCCAGGGGUAUCAUAGACCCUGCUACAGGGAAGAUGAAGGACACAGAGGGUCGCGGAGGCGUCAACCUGGCACAGGCCGCGAAGUUUGGGCUGUUGGCAGUGGUAGCUGCGCCCGUCAUUGCUGGAAAAGCGGUGUACGAUGCCGUCAAGGAUGCUGCUGCUAGCAAAGACAAAGACAAAGAGUCUGACAAGCCUAGAGAACAAAGUAGAACCUUGUCACGUCCGAUGGAAGAGCAGAAGAGUUUGUCAGCUGGAUUAGAUAAGCAAUCAGCAGUGCCUGGUGAUCAAAAGGCUGAGUCACCGUCAGAAAAACCCAUCAAAGAAAAGGAACAAGUUGAGAGGAAGCCGGUAAUGGAACAAUCAGAGAAAUCUGAGGAUUCGAAGCAACAGAUUGAGUCCAAAGAAGCUGAAGUACCCUCGGUGACAGAAACCGACACGUCCUUGAUGACAGAAAGUCGAAAGACGGAGAUGGAAGAGACUUUGAAGAGUACAGUCACGAUAGAAGACGUAUCAGAGAUACAAGUGCAAAAAAUAGAGGAAUUACAGACUCAGCAAAAGAGUCGGGAUGUUUCGGCAGAGGAUUCAAUGCCACAGGCGAAGGAAAAGAUUACACAGCCACUUGUUGAAGAAGAGAAGUUUGAGAAAAAGAUGGAGAACCAGCACAGGGAAGAGAAAAGACUUGAGAACUUAUCAAAGACAGAAGACGGAGAAGUAUUAGAAAAGCAAGCGGAAGCUGCAGUACCUAAAGAAUUCAAAGAACUUAAAGAACUUAAAGAACUUAUAGAACCUAAAGAACUUACGGAACCUAAAGAACUUACGGAACCUAAAGAACUUACGGAACCUAAAGAACUUAAAGGACCUAAAGAACUUAUGGAACCUAAAGAACUUAAAGAAUCUGAAGAACUUAAGGAACCUAAAGAACUUAAGGAUCCUAAAGAACUUAAAGAAUCUAAAGAACUGAAGGAACCUAAAGAAUUUAAGGAACCUAAAGAAUUUAAGGAAUCUAAAGAACUUAAAAAACCUGAAGAACUUAAAGAAUCUAAAAUACCUAAAGAAUUUAAAGAAUCUGAAAAACUUGAAGAAUUGGAAGAACCUGGCGAACUUGAAGAACUUAAAGAAUCUAAAAUACCUACAGAAUCUAAAGAAUCUGAAAAACUUGAAGAAUUGGAAGAACCUGGCAUACUUAAAGAAUUUAAAGAAUCUGAAAAACUUGAAGAACUGGAAGAACCUGAAGAAUUUGAAGAACAGGAGAACGACCAGGACCAAAAGGAGCCUGUGAGAGGAAGGAGAUUCCUGAUUGAAGUUAGUCCCAACUUAACAGCCAAGGACCUGGUCGCCCGAGGAGCCUACGACCCAGAGAAAGAGAAGUUCAUGGACCCAGAGACAGGAGACAUAGUCCCUUUCAACGACCUUGUGAUCCAUCUGGGCAUGCUGGACCCAUAUCGCGUGAUAGUGAAAGAUCUAUCCGCAGAUACGUACGUUCCUCUACGCGAAGCAAUCUUGAAGCCACUGGUGGACAGGAAUCUGGGCUACAUGGUGGACCCGAAGACAGGCAAGAAGAUUCCGUUCUUCGAGGCUGUGAAGCUGGGUCUGAUAAAGCAGGUGGAGCCUUCCGAGGCUGUCGUACCUGCUGGUCAGGAGUGUCUGACCUUCCGGGAGGCUGUGGAGGAAGCACUGUUCGACCCUGAGACCUGUGAAGUCCGGGAUCCUGCUUCCAACAGAAUGCUGAAGUUGGACGAAGCAAUAGAGUCAGGCUUGAUCGACUGCAGCUCUAUUUGCGUCAGAGAUCCGGUCAGCGACGAGGUGCAAACUCUUCAGGAAGUGCUAGAGUCUGGCGGAAAGGUGGAUCUAGAAGACGCCUUUGCCAAAGGGUUGAUAGCUCCCAAGUCUCGCAAGCCAAUCUCUCUGGAAGCCGCCAUAAGAAGGGGCCUGUAUUCCGAGGCCAGCGGUAAGAUCCUAGACACGUUAACCGAGCAGGAAAUAGAUGUCGAAGAAAGUGUCCGCAGAGGAUUGAUAGACGCGUUCAUCAGCGAGUGCGAGGACACAAAGGCCGGGACAUUCUUGUCCCUGGAAGAUGCUCUGGGCGAGUCGAAGCUGCUGAAUCCCAGCACAGGUCGUCUACGGGACACCAAGACAGGAGAAUUGCUGCCUCUAAACGUAGCCUUGAAGAAAGGCAUCAUAGCCACCACAAGAUUCGUUCCCUCGUUGAUCGACGCCAUCGUUCAGGAGUACUAUUGUCCGACAACUGGCCUGGUCGCUAAUCCCACGACAGGAGAAGAGACUACGCUGAAAGAGGCUCUAGAGACCGGCUAUGUCGACGGAGAAACGACAGUGGUCAGAGACGACCGCAACGACAGAGUCCUAUCCCUGCAGGAGGCAGAGGACAACCAGUUGAUCGACCUUGAGAAGGGUAUCUUGAUCUCGCCGCAUCCGAUGACGCUGGACGUCGCUCAUGAGAAAGGCUUCAUCCUCAGCACCGUGAAACCGUGGUCUCUACAGGAAGCCUUGGCUCAUCAGUCUUAUGACCCUGAGAAAGGCACCUUCGACAUAGAUGGAGAGAGUUACACUCUUGAGAAGGCGCUGGAGUUGGGUCUCAUCGCCAGAGACAGUCCCUCGGUGAAGGAUCCGAAGAACAGCGACAUCAUCUCUCUUGGCGAAGCCAUCAAGCAGGGUCUGAUAGACCCUAAGACAGGUACAGCUAUCGAUCCAACCACCAGUACUCCAUUGUCCUUGACAGAUGCCCUAGAUCGGGGACUCAUCGUGCCAGCCAAGAGGAAGAUCUCCCUCCCGGAGGCGGUGUUCAAGGGCCUUUAUGAACCUACCACCGGACGCUUCAUCGUUCCUGAGACCAGAGAGAAGCUGCCCACUGACCGGGCCAUCAAGGCAGGCGUGAUAGAUCCCAGCACCGCCGUGGUAGUCCGCCAGACUGAUGGCAAGGCUAUCACCUUCGACAAGGCCAUCAAGGAGCUAAUCGUCGACCCGAAAACCGGCACGGUGACCAACGAGAAAGGAAGACGACUGGACUUCCGGGAGGCGUUGGAGCACGGUUUGCUCCUCGAGGCGAGAAGACCGAUGACCUUCAGCGAGGCCAUCUCCAAAGGGAUCCUCGAUGAAAGGACCAACAUGUUCCUCGAUCCUCAGUCCGGCGUUUAUCUGAGUCUGCUCGAGGCGAUCCGGAGGAACCUGAUCGACGCGGUCUCCGUGACCGUGAAGGAUGGCAGAAGCGGCUUCAGAGAGAGAAUAUCGCUGAUGGAGGCCAUCAAGACCGGCUACGUCGAUGGUCUGAGCGGCAAGGUGAACGUUACCGCUGACUCCGACAUGUCCUUGCAGGAGGCCUUCCAGGCUGGCUUGAUAGUGGACCACAGAGCAGCAGUGUCCCUGCAGAGAGCGAUCCACCAAGGUCUUUACGACGAUCAUACCGGCAAGAUCACCGACCCCAGCACUGGAAGAUCGGUGACCUUGCACGAGGCCAUGAGGAACUGCCUGGUCAGUCCAACGUUGCCCUGCUACUGGGACAAGAGAGCCGACAGGCUGCUCUCGUUGGCCGAGACCUGCAGAGCUGGAGUGAUAGACAGACGAUCCGGCAUGUUCAAGGAGCCUGGAGCCAACAGGACAGUGUCCCUCAGCCUGGCCCUGCAGCUGGGCCUGAUAGUCGACAUCGAGACGACGGAGUUCAGUCUGCACCAAGCGAUCACGAUGAACACCUACGAGCCAACCACCGGCAAGUUCGUGCACCCCUCGACCAACAGGAAGCUGACCUUGUCGGAGGCCUGUCGGUCGGAGCUGAUCGACCCCGUAGCCUCGAUCGUCAGAGACGUUAGAACGGACAAGUACGUAUCGCUGACCGACGCGAUCUCGUCGGGCGCGAUCGACGACACCCGUGGCACCUACAACGCCAUUUCAGAGAAGCCUAUAGAUCUGAAGGAGGCCCUGAAGAAGGGACACAUCGUGCCCUCGAAGUUGCCGCUCAGCAUAGAGGAAGCGGUGGUCAGCGAUCUCUAUCGUUCGCAGACCGGGCUGUUCGUGGAUCCUCGCAGCAACGAAACCCUAGAUCUGAUCCGUGCCUUUGACGCUGCUCUUCUAGAUCCCGACACCACCGCCCUGAAGGACGCCACCACCGGCCAGAUCACGCCUAUCUCUGUCGGCAUCGAGACAGGAGCCAUAGACGUGCCCCAUGGCCGUGUCCUCGACUCAAAGACGAGACGCGCGUACCCCAUAGACGUGGCCUUGGAGCGGGGCCUUCUGGUCACCCUGGAGAAGCCCUUGACGCACCAGCCUAGACGAAGCUUCACCCGCAAGGACGAGCCCAAGCGAGAGUACUCCCUCCAAGAGGCGAUCGAGAGUCGCUUGAUAGAUCCUGAAACUGCCGUAGCCAGAGACCCGAAGAGCGGCAGGUUCGUCACCGCGAACACUGCUCUGGCGGACGGCGUCUUAGACCCAGCCAGCAAAGGGAUCAUCGAAUCGAUUUCGCCGAAGACACCCGACGGCAAGCCCGCGCCUCGAUUCGUCAAGUUUGGAGACGUAGAGGUGUUCCUGACGAAGCCUCUGACCUUCGAGGAGGCCCUGGAGAGUGGCUCGUUGUCCGUGGAAACUGGGAAACUGACCGACCCGAGAACGAGCGAGCUAGUAACGUUGAAGGAGGCCGUAGGCCUCGGGAUCGUUGACUCCGACUCCGCGUUGAUCAAAGACACGAAGAAGAAGAAGCUGGUUAAACUGGCCGAGGGCAUCAGGAAGGGCCUGAUGGACGCUGACAAAGGGAACGUGCUAGAGACGAUGAGCUCUCGGUUGUACCCUUUGGCAAGGGCUCUCGACGAGGAGCUCCUGAUCACGCCGAAACGAGGCCUGUCCUUCAUCGAGACCCUGCAGUUCGGACUGUACGACCCGGUGUCAGGCACCUUCGAAGACCCGUUCCGCGUCGCGUCCGCCCUAGAUCGUAAACCGGCCACGCUGACCGAGGCGAUCGAGGCCGGCUCGAUUGAUCCGUCCAGCACCGUGAUCAAAGAACCCGGGACCGGUAAAGUCGUUAGUUUGUUAGAGGCGAUUAGCACCGGGAUAGUAGACCCCGUAGAGGGCAGGCUACGCGGAGACCCAUCGGGAAAGAGGCUUGACUUCGCGAAAGCCCUGGACCAGGGUUAUAUUCUCACCGCAGAAGCUAGGCAAGCGGUCGAGGAGAAGUACAAGUUGUGCGACGAGACCUCUUCGAAGCUGCUGCAAUGGAUAGCCGAGGUCGAGGACAAGCUGGCCGGCCAGGACAACGUCAAAGAGGACGUUGACCAGCUCAGAGCACAGAUCAACGCGAUGAAGGACAUCAAAGAGGACCUCGAGGCCCACGCCAGACCAGUCUCCUCCUGCCUCGAUCAGAUUCGUCAGGUGGUGCUCACCGGUAGCAACGUUUUGUCCAGCGAGGAAGUGUCCACCUUGGAGAAGAACGGUCGGUCCUUGAAGACCAGGUUCGACAGAGCCACGGACCGCGCCGAGAGAAUGGUCAGGCGGCUGAUGGCUGCCAGGCAAGAGCUGGUCAAGUUCCAGAAUGAGCUGUCGACCUUCUCCCACUGGCUGGACAACGCCAGACGGAUACUGGAAGAGAAAGAGCAUUCCCUGUCGGACCUGAACAGACUGAGCAGCAGCACCGAUGCGACUAGAGACUUCAUCAGCGAUGUGAUAGCCCAUCAGGCCGAUCUUCGGUUCAUCACGAUGGCUGCACAGAAGUUCGUUGACGAGAGCAAAGAGUUCUUGCUUGUCCUGAACGAAUUCCGCACCAGUUUGCCCCAGAGACUGCCGCACAAGGAGCUCAUCUCGAGCCAGGACUCUCCUGUACGCGGCGAGGUGUCGGUCGUCACUAAUCUGUACAAAGAUCUAUUGAGCAGGGCCAAUCUGCUGUCCGAUAGACUCUCUGGAGUUGGAGGAAGGCAAAGAGAUUACCGUGAAUCUUUGGAGAAAGCUAGAAGGUGGCUGAAGGAGGUCGAACCCAAGGUCCACAGAGCCAUUUCCGAGGCAAUCGCCGCCGAGCCUAAACAAGUGGAAGAACAGCUGAGUAAAGCCAAGGCGUUGAACAACGAAAUGCUCGCCAAUGAACGCUUGGUAGAGAACGUGAAGGCCUCUGUGGACGCUUUGCUGAGGUCUCUGGAUGGACAGCUAACGCCUAAAGAAGUCGACGAACUGGAGGAACCUGCCAGAGCUCUGGAGGACAAGUACAGACAACUGACGAACGCGAUUGCUGAGAAGUGUCAGGAACUGGACGCGGCUCUGGUACGCAGUCAAGGUGUUCAGGACGCUUUGCAGAGUCUGGUGCAAUGGCUGAAUAGCAUCGAGAGUCAAUUUAAGAACAUCCAACGACCAGCGAGCUUGCUGAAGGAACGACUCGAGGAGCAGCAGAAAGACCAACGUCUGCUGCAGGCUGAUCUGGACAGUCAUCGCCUGAGCGUGGAAGCUGUGGCGACCAGCGCGACGGAUCUCCUGACGAAUUCUAGCAAUGCUAAGAUCGCUAAGCAUAUAGAGGGCAAGCUGAACGACGUGCAGUCCAGGUUCGAGAAGCUGAUGGACAAGUCGCUGCGCAGAGGCGAGUUCCUCGACGAGAUCGCGCAAGCCCUCGGAGACUUCUUAGUAGAGACGACUAAAUUCGAGAGUUGGUAUUCUCACAUGAUCGAAGCCCUCGAGUCAAGAGAUCUGAGUAAGUUAGACGUCGCCGAGUAUGACACCAAGAUGGCGAAUCUAAUGGACAAGCGAGAGGACCAGCGAUCCAACUUCGAGGAUCUGAUCCGUAAUGGCAAGAGUCUGAUUGCGAAGAAGGACGUAACGGAUGUUGCACCGAUCAGAGACAAGAUCAAGGCUCUGGAGACGCAGUGGAAGGAGGUGAACAACCUGAUCGACGAGAAACAACGUCUCAGCAAGUCCAGAGCAGAGCAACUGUCCGCUUACGAGAAACUGAGGGAUCAGGUAAUCGAUUGGCUGACCAGGACUGAGAACAAGGUACAAAUGUUGGAACCUGUGGCCGUCGACCUUGAGAAGCUGAAACGACAGGUCGACGAGCUGAAACCUAUCCAAAAGGAAUACCGCGAUUACGGCAACACCGUGGACAAGGUCAACGACCUCGGUAUCGCCUACGAUGGCUUGCUGAAGGAGCGCACUGAGAGUCCAACUCGCAGACGUGGAAGCACUAGUCCAACAAAGAGGCCAGUACGCCGAAUGUCACAAGACGGUCGCUCACCAUCUCCCGCUAAAUUGUAUGCUGCUCAAAGUCCGGUCUCUCCAGGUGGUAGCAGCGGGUUCAGUAGCCGUCGCUCCAGCCAAGACGGCUUCCAUUUGGAGGACCUGUCGCCUGUCCAGCAACAGCUCUCCGAGAUCAACAACAGAUACGGGUUGCUGGGAGUUCGGUUGACCGACCGGCAAACCGAGAUGGACAACAUCAGGGAGGAGCUGCGGAGGCACGUGGACAACUUGAAGACACUGUCUCAGUUCCUGGAGAAGAUUAAGCGACAAAUACCGAAGGAGAGCAUGCCAAGCACCAAAGAAGAAGCGGAUAAGACGGCCAAGCAGAUCAAGGUCGUUAUCGAGGAGAUGUACGAGAAGCAAUCCCUGCUAGACACCACUAGGACUCAGGUUCGCGACUUGGUCAGACGCAAGAAGGGUGCAGCCGGAGUAGACAGGUUGAACGACGAUAUGGAGAACGUGAGCAGCACAUGGAGGUCAUUCAGCGAACGUUGCAAGGACAGGAUCAAGUUCUUGGACGACGUGAAGGACUUCUACGACACGUCGGAGGGCCUGGUUUCUUGGCUGGGGUCAAAGGAAAGAAUGCUGGGCGCCCUUGGACCCAUAUCUGCUGAUCCUAGGAUGGUUGCUAGUCAGGUACAGCAAGUGCAAGUCUUGCGGGAAGAGUUCCGCACCCAGCAACCUCAGUUGGACCAUCUAGUGCAAGUAGGAGACAACAUCAUCACUGUGGUUGGCACAGAUUCCGCAGAUGGUCAGAGGACCGGUGCAAAAUUGAAGGCGAUCCUUGACAAGUGGGCCGAUCAGUUGGCUAGGCUGGAUGAGAGGGCUCAGAGCUUGGGAGACGCAGUGGACACCAGCAGAGAGUUCGACGCGAGCCUGAACCGUUUGCGCGACGCUCUGCAGGCCAUCUCCGACAAUCUGGAUGAUCUGACACUCGAAAAAGAUCCUGAGGAUCAGCUGAGGAAGAUCGAGAACUUGGAAAGACAACUGGAAGGACAGAGGCCUCUUUUGGCUGACGCCGAAGCGGCCGGAGAACAGCUCUGCGAGGUUCUCAGUGAUCCAGCAUCGAAGUCUGAGAUCCAUGGAAAAUUAGCCGCCGUUGGUAAGAUGUACAACAAUCUGCAGAAGAAGCUGGACCACAAGAAGGCCGAGAUCGAGGGCAAUCUAAGGGACGGAAGGCAGUUCGAGGCCUCCUGCACAAAGACCUUAGGCUGGCUGGCCGAUGAGCUCGGAAAUAUGUCCGAAAAGCUGCUGGUGUCCGCUGAUAGGGAUAUCUUGCAGCAGCAACUCGACCACCAUGAGCCAAUAUACAGAAACGUGAUGGGCAAGGAGCACGAGGUGAUCAUGCUGUUGAACAAGGGCCGCGACAUGCUUGCUCGAUCUCAAAAGGUCGAGAACCGUUCUCUGCAGCGCGACUUGGAUAAGAUGCAGUCGCAGUGGGACCGCCUCAAGAAGGACAUCCUCGACAGGCACACAAAGCUGCAAACCUGCGCGGAACAUUGCAAGAAGUAUUACAAAGCACAGGACUCGUUCCUACCUUGGCUCAGACAGGCCGAAGAUCGGCUGGAGUGCUUGAAGCCGGCAUCAUUCAAGCGCAAGGACAUCGAGAAGCAACUGAAGGAGCUAUCCUCGUUCAGGAACGAAGUUUGGAAGCACUCUGGAGAAUUUGAGAACAACAAGACGCUCGGCGAAACAUUCCUUGGCGCCUGCGACAUCGACAAGCAGAACGUAAAGAAUGAGCUUGGCGCCAUGAAGACCAGAUGGGACAAGUUGAACAACGAUCUCCUGACGAGGACGCAAUCUCUAGAGGACACCGCACGGCACUUGAUGGACUUCAAUGAGAACUUGAGGGACCUGCGACAUGGCUUGCAGCGCUGCGAGGACAAGCUGGCGUCCCACGACGCCCUAGGAGGCGCAGCCAAAGACCCGAAGCUUCUCGAUAGGAUAAAGAGUUUACGAGAAGAGACGACGAACUUAAAGAAACCUCUGCAGUGCGUAAAACAGCAGGCCAAUGACUUGGCGAACAAGGCCGGAGAACAGGGAGUCGACGCAACACAUCUUCUGGACGAAGUGGACAACCUGACGGACAGGAUAAAUGACCUGCAGUCGAAAUUGGACGACCGAUGCAACGAACUGCAAAGCGCCGCCACCGCUGUCGCGCAGUUCAACGACCACGUCAAGUCCAUCAGCAAUCAAGUCUCUAGUCUGGAGAAGGAGCUGGACUCGAUGAAAGCGCCUGGAAGAGAGAUCAAGAUCGUUAGAACACAGAUAGAGGAAACCAGCAAGGUUAUCACCAGGGUGAACAGGUUGUACGAGGAGGUCAGCGACUUGGAGAACCUCGGGGAACGUUUGGUGGAUUAUGGCUUCGCUGCGGACGCCGUGGCAACGAGGGAGCAGGUUGCCGGCUUGAAGAGGCAAGUCGGAAAGCUCGACGACCGUUCCCGAGAUCGCCACGACGAGCUGACCGCGACCCUAGACAAGCUGCAGGAGUUCUACCAGUCGCAUUCGACCGUGCUAACCGAGAUCGAGGAGGCGAACGAGCACUUCAGAAGGUUCAAGCCUGUAGGAUCCGAAGUGGAGUCCAUAAAGGCUCAACAAGAGGACUUUAGACUGCUGAAACUGAACAAGAUAGAGCCGCUGGCCCGAGCCGUCGACGACUGCAACGUUCUAGGUCAGUCCUUGGUCCAAACAGCUGGUCGAGAUGUCAACACCAUCACCAUCGAAAGAGACGUCGACAGGAUGAACGAGAGAUGGAACGAUCUGAAGGAUAGACUGAACGAGCGAGACAGGAGACUGGACGUGGGACUUCUCCAGUCAGGAAAGUUCCAGGAAGCGUUGGACGGUUUGGAGAAGUGGCUGACGGACACGGAAGAAAUGGUGUCCAAUCAGAAAUCUCCUUCCUCGGACUACAAGGUGGUCAAAGCGCAACUGCAAGAGCAGAAGUUCCUGAAGAAGAUGCUAAUGGACCGACAGAACUCGAUGUCGUCCCUUUACAAUAUGGGCCAAGAAGUUGCCGCCGGUGCGGAUCCUAAGGAGAGGAAGAUGAUCGAGAAACAGCUAAAGGAGCUCGUAGGAAGGUUUGAUAAUUUGACGGAGAGCGCUGCCGAGAGGAUGGACGCCCUGGAACAGGCGAUGGGAGUGGCGAAGCAGUUCCAAGACAAGCUGGUGCCUUUGGCCAUUUGGUUGGACAAGACAGAAAAGCGUGUCAGGGACAUGGAACUGGUACCGACGGACGAGGAGAAGAUUCAACAACGAGUCACGGAGCACGACGCCCUUCACGAGGACAUUCUAUCCAGAAAACCUGACUUCAGCGAGCUCACGGAGAUUGCUAGCCAGUUGAUGGCCCUGGUAGGCGAAGACGAGGCUGCCGCUCUUGCCGACAAACUGCAAGACGCUGCCGACAGGUAUGCUGCUCUCGUCGAACGAUCAGAGGCGCUUGGUACGCUGCUACAAAGAUCUAGGCAGGGUCUGAGACACUUGGUGCUCAGCUACCAAGAGCUCCAGGCUUGGAUGGAGGGCAUGGAGAUCAGGCUGUCCAAGUACCGUGUCCUAGCAGUGCACACCGAAAAGCUUCUUCAGCAAAUGGAGGACUUGGCCGACCUCACCGAAGAGGUCUCCACCCGGCAAACGGAAGUAGACAGCACCACGGAUGCAGGCUUGGAGCUGAUGAAGCACAUCUCCAGCGACGAAGCCCUGCAGCUAAAGGACAAACUGGACUCUCUGCAGCGACGGUUCAACGACCUUGUCAGUCGAGGUUCCGACCUGCUGAAGCACGCCCAAGAGUCGCUGCCAUUGGUCCAACAGUUCCACGACAACCACAAUCGACUGAUGGACUGGAUGCAAGCUGCAGAGUCUGCUCUGCAAUCUGCCGAGCCUCGCGAGGACGAGAUCGUGAGAUUGGAGAUGGAGAUCUCCGAGUACAGGCCAGUCCUGGACAAGAUCAACGCGGUGGGACCACAGUUGUCUCAAUUAUCACCUGGCGAGGGAGCAGCCACCAUAGAAGGUCUAGUCACCAGAGACAACAGGAGGUUCGACGCCAUUGCAGAACAGAUUCAACGAAAGGCAGAAAGAAUUCAGCUGAGCAAGCAGAGGUCGCUAGAGGUGAUCGGAGACAUCGACGACCUUCUGGAGUGGUUCCGCGAGGUAGACAACCAGCUCCGGGAGGCUGAGCCACCCAGCAGCGAGCCAGAGAUCAUUCGAGUCCAGCUGAAGGAGCACAAGGCUCUCAACGACGACAUCUCCAGCCAGAAGGGUCGCGUCAGAGACGUGAUCUCGACGGCGAAGAAGGUGAUCCGCGAGAACGGUCAGCACGAGGACACCUCCACCAUCAGGGAGAAGAUGGAGGACCUCAGAGAGACCAUGGAGAUUGUGUCCGGUCUCUCCGCGGAUAGGUUGGGAGCUUUGGAGCAAGCUUUGCCGUUGGCAGAACAUCUACGGGACACGCACAUUGGGCUGGUUAGCUGGCUGGAGGAGGCAGAGCACCAGGUAGCCAUGUUGCCUAUGCCGGCCUUGAGGCCCGAUCUGAUAGCAGCGCAGCAGGACAAGAACGAGAUGCUGAUGCAGAGCAUCAACGAGCACAAGCCUCUCGUCGAGAAGUUGAUCAAAACCGGCGAGGCGUUGAUCAAACUCUGUAACGAGGAGGAAGGCAUCAAGAUACAGGACAUCUUGGAAGCUGACACUGCCAGGUACGCGGCACUCAGAGCCGAGCUGCGCAGCAGGCAGCAGACCCUAGAGCAGGCGUUGCAGGAGUCUUCUCAGUUCUCUGACAAACUGGAGGGUAUGUUGCGUGCACUGUCCUCCACGGCUGACCAGGUCAACGGAGCGGAGCCCAUCAGCGCUCAUCCAGGUCGCCUGAGGGAUCAGAUGGAGGAGAACUCUGCGCUGGUCGACGAGCUGGCUCAGAGAUCGGAAGCUUAUGCAGCCGUAAGAAGAGCCGCCGAUGAUGUGAUCAGUAAGGCGGGCAACAGAGCCGACCCAGCCGUAAAGGACAUCAAGAGGAAGUUGGAGAAGUUGAACAAACUAUGGAGCGACGUGCAGAGAGCCACCACCGACAGAAGUCACACCCUGGACGAUACUCUAGCGAUCGCAGAGAAGUUCUGGUCCGAAUUGAACGGCGUGAUGUCGACCUUGAGAGAGCUGCAAGAUGCUCUCUCUGGUCAGGCACCGCCUGCUGCACAGCCGGGCGCGAUCCAACAGCAACAGGUCGCUCUGCAGGAGAUCAGGCAUGAGAUCGACCAGACGAAACCCGACGUGGAACAGGUCCGGGCUUCAGGGCACGAGUUAAUGGGUCUCUGCGGAGAACCAGACAAACCAGAGGUCAGGAAACACAUCGAGGACCUGGAUCAGGCCUGGGACAACGUGACCGCUCUGUACGCCAGGCGAGAGGAGAACCUGAUCGACGCGAUGGAGAAGGCGAUGGAGUUCCACGAGACCCUGCAAAGUCUGCUCGAAUUUCUGCAGGAGGCUGAAGAGAAGUUCGCCAGGAUGGGACCGUUGGGCAGCGACAUCGAUGAAGUUAAGAAACAGAUCAAACAGUUGGCCAAUUUCAAGGCUGAAGUAGACCCACACAUGGUCAAGGUCGAAGCUCUGAACAGGAGUCUGACCAGGCAAGCAGCAGAGUUGACAGAGAGGACAUCGUCGGAACAAGCUGCCGCGAUCAAGGAGCCUCUAGGAGCUGUGAACAAGAGAUGGGACGGAUUGCUGAGAGGCGUUGUGGAGCGGCAGAGGCUUCUAGAGAAUGCUCUGCUGCGUUUAGGACAGUUCCAGCACGCUCUGGACGAGCUGCUGGUCUGGAUCGAGAAAACGGACGACACCCUGGAUAAUUUGAAAGCGGUGGCAGGUGAUCCACAAGUGAUAGAGGUGGAGCUAGCCAAGUUGAAGGUUCUGGUGAACGACAUCCAGGCUCACCAGACCAGUGUUGACACACUGAACGACGCCGGAAGGCAGCUUAUAGAGGACGGCAAGGGAACAGCCGAGGCAUCGACAACAGCCGAGAAGUUGGGUACCUUGAACCGACGCUGGCGAGAUCUGCUGCAGCGGGCUGCAGAUCGACAACGAGAGCUCGAGGACGCUCUCAGAGAAGCGCAGUCGUUCACGGCCGAGAUCCAGGACCUUCUGUCCUGGCUAGGUGACGUGGACAACACCAUCGUAGCCUCGAAGCCUCUCGGUGGACUGCCGGAGACAGCUUCGGAACAGUUAGAGCGUUUCAUGGAGGUUUACAACGAGCUGGAGCAGAACAGGCCCAAGGUGGAGACGGUCUUGCAACAGGGACAAGAGUACCUGAAGCGCGCAGACUCGCACAGCGCUGGUGGACUGAACCACAAUCUGAAGACGUUGAAGCAACGCUGGGACAACGUGACCGCCCGCGCCAGUGAUAAGAAGAUCAAGCUGGAGAUAGCCUUGAAGGAGGCCACGGAAUUCCACGACGCCCUCCAGGCGUUCGUCGACUGGCUGACCAACGCUGAGAAGAUACUGACGAACCUGAAACCUGUCUCUAGGGUGAUGGAGACCAUCCUUAGCCAGAUAGAGGAGCACAAGACCUUCCAGAAGGACGUCGGCGUGCAUCGGGAAACCAUGUUGAAUCUCGACAAAAAGGGCACGCAUUUGAAGUACUUCUCGCAAAAGCAGGACGUUAUCCUGAUCAAGAACUUGUUGAUCAGCGUGCAGCACAGAUGGGAGAGGGUUGUGUCCAAGUCCGCUGAGAGGACCAGGGCUUUGGAUCAUGGAUACAAGGAGGCUAGGGAGUUCCAUGACGCCUGGUCCAGCUUGAUGAACUGGCUGGACGAAACCGAGAGGACCUUGGACGAGGUCUCUGCAGACGGUGGUCUUGGUGGCAACGAUCCUGAGAGGAUAAAGGCUCGGCUGAACAAACACCGCGAGCUGCAGAAAGCUCUCAGCGCCAAGCAGGGAACGUAUGACACGACCAUGAAGAACGGGAAAUCGCUGAAGGACAAGGCGCCAAAGACUGACGAGUUUGCGCUUAAGGAGCUGUUGAACGAGCUGAAGAACAAGUGGACCACCGUCUGCGGCAAAUGCGUUGACAGACAGAGGAAGCUCGAAGAGGCUCUGCUGUUCUCUGGACAGUACAAGGACGCCAUUCAGGCUCUGCUGGAGUGGUUGGUCAAGUCCAAGAAACAGCUGGCCAAUACCGGACCUCUUCACGGUGACCUAGACACCGUGAUGAACCUGGUGGAACAACACAAGACCUUCGAGAAAGACCUAGAGUCUCGAGCAUCGCAGAUGGAGUCCGUCAUCAAGACCGGGCGAGAACUUCUCGGCAAGGCCACGGUGGAGGACGCGUCCGCAAUCGAUUCUCAGCUGUUCGAACUGAACGAUUUGUGGGACGUGGUCUCUAAAUUAUCCUCGGAGAAGACCGACCGCCUAGAAGAGGCUCUGAAGGAGGCUGAACGACUACACAAGGCGGUCCAUGUGCUUCUCGAGUGGCUCAGCGACGCGGAGAUGAAGCUAAGGUUCGCUGGACAGCUUCCAGAAGAUGAACAAGAGAGCAGAAACCAGCUAAUGGAACACGAGAAGUUCCUCAGGGAGCUGCGCACCAAGGAGUACGAGAAGGAUCAGACCUUGCAACUCGCCCAUUCCAUCCUGGGCAAGGCUCAUCCCGACGGUGUGCUGGUCAUCAAGCAUUGGAUUACUAUCAUCCAAUCCAGGUGGGAUGAGGUAGCCACAUGGGCUAUGCAGAGGAACCAGAGGUUGGAGAAUCAUAUGCAAGGUCUUCAGGACCUAGACAACCUGCUGGAAGAGUUGCUAUCCUGGCUGGAGGGUCUGGAGAACACUCUGAACGCUCUCGAAGCUGAACCCCUGCCGGACGACAAAGCAACCUUGGAGAUGUUGAUCGCUGAUCACAGAGAGUUCAUGGAGAACACCAGUCGCAGACAGAAUGAGGUCGACCGCGUCUGCAAGGCCAGGCAGAUCAAGUCCGUGAAGGACACCAAGAAGAUAACGAAGGCUAAGUCACCAGCACCGACCCGUGCCAGCCCGGGCCGUGACAGAACGCCGGAUUCGUUGCCGCACAUCGGCCCACGCUUCCCACCCAAAGGAAGCAAAGGCGCUGAACCCGAGUUCCGCAGCCCGAGGGUGAAACUCCUGUGGGACAGGUGGAGGCACGUUUGGAUGCUAGCGUGGGAGAGACAACGCCGGCUUCAGGACAAGUACAACUACAUCCAAGAGUUGGACCGGGUCGCGAACUUCAGCUGGGAGGACUGGAGGAAGAGGUUCCUCAAGUUCAUGAACCACAAGAAGUCCAGAUUGACGGAUCUCUUCAGGAAGAUGGACAAGAACAACGACGGUCUGAUUCCUCGCGAGGACUUCAUCCAAGGAAUCAUGAACACCAAGUUUGAAACAUCGAGAUUAGAGAUGGGAGCAGUGGCGGACCUCUUCGACCGUCACGGCGAGGGUUUAAUAGAUUGGAAGGAGUUCAUUGCAGCCCUGAGACCAGACUGGGAGGAGCGCAGGACCUACAACGACACCGACAAGAUCCACGACGAGGUCAAGCGGCUGGUGAUGCUGUGCACCUGUCGUCAGAAGUUCCGCGUGUUCCAAGUCGGCGAAGGGAAAUACAGGUUCGGUGAUAGUCAGAAGCUGCGUCUGGUCCGCAUUCUGCGAUCCACCGUGAUGGUACGAGUGGGUGGAGGCUGGGUAGCUCUGGACGAAUUUUUGUUAAAGAAUGAUCCUUGCCGCGUUUUUCUAAUGCCGAUACCGGACCCUAACAAACCGGAACAACACGAGGGUUGGUGUCCGCUCGCCAAGGGAAGAACGAAUAUCGAGCUGCGAGAGCAAUUCAUUCUGGCGGACGGGGUCAGCCAGACAAUGACUGCGUUCAAGUCGAAGCCGAGCCCGACCUCGACCCUGCAGCGUACGCAAAUCUCAUCCGCGAACGCCGGACCGAUCACCAAGGUGAGAGAACGAAGCGCACGAAGCGUCCCUAUGGGACAGUCAAGGACGUCCAGAUCGUCUUUGAGCGCCGGGACGCCGGACAGCCUCAGCGACAACGAGAGCUCCUUCCGGAUUGGGUCCGCCAGAAAGACCAGCACGCCUUACAGGAGUCCCAUUACACCGGGCGGCAGUCGCCCUUCGAGCAGACCAGCCUCGAGACCAGCAUCCAGACCAGCGUCCAGACCAACCAGCAGACCAGGAAGCCGACCAGCUUCGAGGCAGGGUAGCAAACCACCUAGUCGCUACGGUUCCACUCAGUCUCUCGACAGCACAGACGAUUCGACGAACCUGAGUCGCAUACCGCGCAGAACCACGGUCAGCAGUACAACGGGAAACACACCAACAUCGAGCAGACAUAACAGUAUGUCGGGGAAAAGGCUUGGAACGCCUGUGAAUGGGUCGAGCUCACGACCAAGGACGCCCACGGGGCUAGUUAGUCCAGCCAGUGGCGUGUCAGCGAGGUUCGGCACGAUCCAUAGAGCUUCGAGCAUUCCAACCCUGACUGGUGUCGGCACACCGAUCAGCCACUCGAGGAUCCCCGUGUACGUGGGCACGGAUAUAAAAUCCCCGCAAUCGACGACCAGCAAUAUAUCCACCCAUUCCAUGCGAAGCAACGACUCGACGGUUUCUACCGAUUCCACCGGGAGCAGCUCGAUGUGUUCGAACUCAGCGACUAACACCUCAUCGGCCGUCAAGCCAGAUAGAACAAGGACACCGUCCAGCGGAUCGAGCACGCCGUUACCGCCGUCUCUAAAGCUGUCGAGGAAGCCAUCGGGUGCCUCCGACACCUCUGUCUCGACACCGACCACCCAACGGAAGGGAAAACCAACGCCUAUCGACCAACGAGCACCAUUCCGAUUAUAGUCGCCGGGACAUAUUCGUAUAGAUACGCGCGAACGAAAUGGCCAAACGUCGGCGGCGGGAUCAGCGACCCGCGCAACGGGGAUCACCGUCGACGCAACGCUUAGGAUAAUCUAAUCUAAUAUAUAAAUCUAUAAAUAAAUAUAUAUAUAUAUAUAAAUAUAUAUAUACAAAAAUA